GUGAUCACAAUCAACUGACAAAUACCUGCGAGGACAAGGGGACUAUGUAAAGACCCAAGCUUUAGGGAGCCAUUGACUGCAGUUUGGAACUUUAGGUAAAUAACAACAAUUGUUUUGAAUUGAAAAGACAAUUAUUUUAUACUGAUCCAAUUGCUUUGGUUUUGCUAGACGGUCUUUUGAAAAUCUAAAAGUACUUGUAGCAAAGUUCCUCUUCACUCACAGACAGAGAGGACAUCUAGUUUUUACUGCAAUCUGAUCCCACACACUCUGCAGUAAUUAUAAAGCAGAGCUGGGAAGCAGUAAAGGAGAUUUGUCAUUAAGGCUGCCUAAAUAAAGAGGCAGGCAAAGGGCGAGGUUUGUGGAUUGGGCCGUGGAGGUGCAACGACACUCAUCUGAUUCAUCGAGAUCCAUCCGAAGCUUCCCAUGGACCCCCAAGGAGGCCAUUAUCUAAACAAGGCAGCAGUGCUGUCCGGACUCGGCGCUGCCCGGAUGUGCCAGCUCCUUCUCGGUUGCACCACCAUGGCCCUGGUGGCCCACAGUGCGGGUUUCAGUGCCACCUACGGGACCUACUGCAUGUUCGUCUGGUGCUUCUGCUUUGCCGUCACACUAGUGGUCUUCACUCUGGACGUGACGAGGCUACACGGGUGUAUGCCCAUCUCCUGGGACAACUUCACCGUGGCCUUCGCCAUGUUGGCCACUCUCAUGUACGUCACGGCGUCAGUCGUGUAUCCGGUCUACUUCCUCAGGUCCGAGUGCCCGUCUGAGGGCUGCGAGGUGCGCAACUAUCGCAUCGCCGUCACCGUCUGCUCCAGCGUCUGCUGCUUCGCUUACGGAGCCGAGGUGUUCAUCACACGGGCCAAGCCGGGCCAUGUGGUUGGCUACAUGGCCACAAUGUCUGGCCUGCUUAAAGUGGUCCAAGCCUUCAUAGCCUGCAUCAUCUUUGGCGCUCUGGCCAAUGGCAGUGAAUACAACCGCCACAUCCCUACUCAGUACUGCGUGGUGGUCUACAGCCUGUGCUUCGCUGUAACCGUGGUGGUGGUGGCUCUCACGGUCUCAGGGAGAACGUCUUCGCUGCGCUUCCCUUUCGACCGCUUUGUGGUCAUCUACACCUUCCUGGCUGUGCUGCUGUAUCUGAGUGCUGCUGUGGUCUGGCCGGUUUUUAGUUUUGAUAAGAAGUAUGGCAGCCCGGGGCGACCAGAAAACUGUCCAAGAGAAAAGUGCCCAUGGGACAGCAAGCUGGUGAUCGCCGUGUUCACUUGUGCCAACCUGGUGCUGUACUUCACCGAUCUGGUGUACUCUCAAAGAAUACGAUUUGUCUCACAUUCAGCCGCAUGAGAGCAGCUCGUCUCCAGUCCGGUGGAUAUAUAUUAAUACUGGAAGUGUUGUAACAGACAGCCAUGCCAAUAAAAUACAGCUGUGUGUGUGUGUUUGUAAUACUUUAAAAUAUUCAGGAUUUUUUGUAAUUUUGUUGAUUAGAAUGAAAAUGUUGAGACUUGAUUGUUACAUAUAUAAUUAUUAUUAAUAAUAAAGUUGUUAUUUUGCUUUGUAGAAUUAAAUCAAAGUACUUUUGGACUCUUUAUCAGUGUAAAAUUGAGUUCAUUGGCAAUACCUCUCUGCAAUUCACUGACACUGUAUCUCUUAAAUGGAAAGGUCGCCCAAAAAUGUAAAUUCUGCUAUUGUUUACUCACAUUUAUGAUGUUCUAAAAAUGUUAUAUUAAGUUCUACAAAAACUCACAGUUAGAGUUUGAGAAUGAUAUGAGGGUAAGUUAAAGAUGACAGAAAUGUUUUGGGUGAACUAUCCCUUUAAAAAUGGUUGUUGUUUUUAUAUACUCAACACUUAAGUUUGUUGUGUAUUAGAACAGUUAUUAAAUGGCUUACCAUGAGUACAACUUCAAGUGUAUGUUUCAUAAUUUAAAUAUGGAUAUAAUGUUGUGUUAUAUGUCACAUCCGUAUUUGUAUUAGUAUUAUUUGAUUACUAAUAUGGUAAUGCCUGCAUUUGGAAAUUAUAAUUUCUAACACAGUCAGAUUGUCAGCUGCUUAUCCAAAGAUGUGAGAU